AUGGCCCAAGCUGGCGGCAGCAACAGUGGCAAUAGUGCCGGUGGCAACAAAAAGCCUGAAGAGGUGCAGCCACACCCGGUGAAGGAGCAGCUACCUGGCAUUCAGUAUUGCGUUAACAGCCCUCCUCCGUGGCCGGAAGCUGUUGCGCUGGGAUUCCAGCAUUAUGUUUUGACUCUUGGCAUUACCAGUUUGAUUCCAAGUCUCAUUGUUCCUCAAAUGGGAGGUGAUGAUGGUGAGAAGGCAAGAGUGAUACAGACCUUACUUUUCGUUUCCGGAUUGAACACACUCUUGCAGUCUUUAUUUGGGACCCGACUUCCAGCUGUAGUUGCAGGCUCAUACUCAUAUGUUAUACCCACAACUUCAAUUGUACUAGCACGCAGAUAUCAAGGACUCGCAGAUCCUCAUGAGAGGUUCAUAGAGACUAUGAGAGGGAUUCAAGGUGCUCUAAUUGUUGCUGCAGGUUUCCAGAUGCUUAUGGGGUUUCUAGGCAUUUGGAGGAAUGCUGUAAGGUUUCUUAGCCCCCUUUCCGUCGUUCCAUAUGUAACUUUUACGGGGUUUGGGCUGUAUCAUCUCGGUUUCCCCAUGGUGGCAAAAUGUGUUGAAGUUGGGCUUCCAGGAUUACUUGUUAUGGUUUUCAUCUCACAGUAUCUUCCUCAAUUGCUGAAACCAGAGAAGCCAAUAUGGGAUCGAUUUGCAGUGCUUUUCUCAGUUGGAAUUGCAUGGUUAUAUGCACAACUUCUCACUUCAAGUGGUGUGUACAGCAACAAACCUGCAACGACUGAGAUUAGUUGCCGCACAGAUCGUACUGGACUCUUCACUGCAGCUCCUUGGAUAUAUAUUCCUUAUCCGUUUCAAUGGGGAAGGCCCACAUUUCAUGCCGGAGAAGCUUUUGCAAUGAUAGCCGCUUCUUUUGUUUCACUUUUUGAGUCUACCGGUACAUUUUUCGCAACAGCAAGAUAUGGCAGCGCCACACCUGUGCCGCCUUCUGUCAUUAGCCGUGGCGCUGGCUGGCUGGGAAUAGGAGCUUUGCUCAAUGGCAUGUUUGGCGCUGUUACUGGCGCUUCUGCAUCAGUGGAAAAUGCUGGUCUAUUGGCAUUGACUAGAGUUGGAAGUCGAAGAGUCAUCCAAAUAUCAGCAGGAUUCAUGCUUUUCUUCUCUGUAUUUGGAAAAUUUGGAGCAAUUUUUGCCUCCAUACCACUACCAAUUGUAGCAGCUCUGUACUGUGUGUUCUUCGGCUAUGUUUCUUCUGCCGGCUUUGGUUUUCUCCAAUUCUGUAACCUGAACAGUUUCAGAACAAAAUUUAUCUUGGGAUUUUCAUUCUUCAUGGGCAUUUCAGUGCCACAGUACUUCAGAGAAUAUUAUCAUGGAGGUUUAAGGUCUGGACUCGUUCGCACCAGCUCUGGAUGGUUUGAAGAUAUAGUGAUUGUCAUCUUCAUGUCCCAUACAACGGUGGCUGCACUUGUUGCUUUGAUUUUGGAUUGCUCGCUCUCUCGUGAAACUGACUCCACUAGAAAAGACACUGGCUUGCAUUGGUGGGAGAAGUUCAGUAUAUAUGGUUCAGAUGUUAGAACUGAUGAAUUCUAUGGACUGCCAUGCCGGCUCAAUAACCUUUUCCCCGCCCUCUAAGCCAUUUACUGCUACGGUUCUUGUCUUCCACUGAUCACCAUGAAAGAGGGAAACGAAAAUGCUCUUCA